AUGUCGGCGUUCGAUGCACCUCCACAAACCCCACCGGGGGCCGCGCCGUCAUCGGCGGCCACGAGGCCCAACGCCUUCAGUAGUGUCUUUUCCACCUCGGCAACGGCGGCAGCGGGGUUGAGCGCGCCCAUCUUCGGCACCACCACUGCCUUUGGAACGAGUUCCACACCAAUCCACGGCGGCACGCAAGGCACCGCGCCGGCGCCCAGAUCCGCCUUCGGCGCGUCAGUCUUUCAGCAGUCCAGCCAGAGGGGCGAUGGCCUCCAGACGGCGCAGCGUCUUUUCACACUUGGCGUGACACCGAGUGGCGGUGGCACCAUGUUACCUCCCACGGUUUUGUCGUCACAGCUGCCGGCGCCUCAACCGCUCACUGUGCCUCCCCCUGUGUUCCCUAAACGGGAGUCUGGCGUGCUAAGCUUUAACCCAAUGGCGCCAGGUGCUAUCCGAGGGAGGGGCAGAGGGGUAAACUUUGGCAGAAGAGGCGCGGGGCGUGUGGAUGUUGCACCGUCUUCUGUUUUCACGGCGCCGGCAACACCAUCUUCCGUGAAGGGCACCUGGCAGCCGAGGAUCUCCAAGCAGAAUCAACCGCAAACAGAUGUUGGUGCCAGUGCGGCGGGGCAGCUUCUCUCUACGCGUGUAUUUGCAGCCUUUAUGCGUAAAAUUUUGGACGAAAAUGAUGUGCGACGCGAGGAGGCGGCUGAUUUUCUUGAGGAUGCCUUUUUUGGUGUUGUGGGUAGUUACGGUGGCGGCGCGUUCUCCAUGGUAUUGCAGCAGAUGCUUGCGGUGUGGCACACGCUGAGAGACACCCACCAGGUGUCGUCUGUGAAGGGGGAGCACUGGGUUGCGCUCUUCGCCCUCGGGUGUCACCUAAACCUUGUGUCAAUGACCAUUCUUGCCGGAGAGACGGAGGAGGACGGAGGCGCCGAUGUGGAUAAGACUAACAAUGAUAAUACUAAUAGUAGUGGUGCUGGGGAUCGGAAACGCCUCAUUCUUGGCAACAAGUGGGCCGCACUAACGAAUGGCUGCACGUAUGCGAAUCUGAUGUGCGACAUAUUUUUACAGUUGUUCUCCAAUCAAGCUGAGAAUCAUGUGCCGUACAGUGUCCUCCCAUUUGUUUUGCGACGUGUUCGGAACACGUUUGAAUUGGCCAAUGACGAGGGUGUAUUCGCUGUUCAGUCCAAUAUGAAGACAAUACUUCUAAAGCUGUACCGUUACGUGCGUGUCCCUACGCUUCAACAAGCACCACAGUCUGAGGUGGAGCGACAGCGCACGGCCGCCUACGCGUGUGUGCUGGGGGAGUUGAUGUUGCACAGUUAUGCCCCAUCUGGAAGAGAUGAGUUUGUUCAGUCGUUUCACCAGCACUGCGGCAACAUGAUUGAGAUUCGCUGCACUCUCUACCACCACCAUGCGCAUAACCUCUUGCAGGAGCCUUUGACUGACGCCGUGAUACAGGAAGCAAUGGGGCUCUUGGCCCGGGCCUUCGUUAUUGUGCCUGAGGACGCUCACGAGAACAAACGACUGUUGUUCGUGAAACUCGCCGCGUGCGGGUUGGCCUUGGGGCAAGUGCCCUUGCCGGAAGAUCAGGCAGCGUACAAUUUGACCGAGCUGGAGGACCUAAUUGUCGCCGUCCGAAGCGCAAACUGGUUGCUGUUUGACAUUGCGAUGCGAAACAACUCGGAGUUUUAUGUCCAGUGCGGCAUCCACAACGUGCUUCAGGUUGUCAGCAAGCGCAUUGCUCUCUCAAUGGUCGUGAAGUACUACGUUGGCAGCUUCUCCAGUCGUCUGCCGGUGCAGGACAUGAUUGAAUACUACCGGUUGCCUUUCACUCUUCACGAGGGGUGUCACGUGUGGUUGCUGCCACUGCUGGUGGAGAAGCGCAUCAAUGGUGUGAUGGAGAGCGGGGUGCUGGUGCUCAGUGGCUCAAACCCCUUUGACGCCUACAGCAAAGAGGCGCUUAUCGCGCUCGCCGCGAGCAGCAAGAGUACCUAG